CUGAGACAGCCCUUAAAAGAAGCUGUCCCAGGACACACCUGCCAUUUGGACUGAUUUUAAUUAGGCUGCCUUCAGGUGCUAUAGGAAAAACCAAGAAAGCUGUCCGCGUCUGAAGCUCUGUGUGACAGUUCUUCUCACCAGCAUUUACUUACUUAUAUGUUAUACUUUCUUGUUGAUGUCAUACAAUACUUUAGUCCAUAAAAUGUAAAAAACAAAAGAUUGUCUCAGUUCUUUUUGUUGUUUUGUAGUUUUAUGAAUUCUACACCACUCCCACUUGAGUGAAGCAACGAUGGUCCGGUGCGCUGCGCUACCGAGCGACGUCUGACGCGACACCACCACUUUCUCUGGAUAAAGACUACAUCGAGGGAUUAUGUGGAAGUGUUAGGUGUGGCUAGGUGUGCUUCACUCAACCGCCGCACUAGACGCGACAGAGCCACAGAUGUUAGGUGUAGGGUCAGACGUUGCUGUGCAGCGCACCUGACCACCCUCACACUUUCAGCGUCACAGAGCUUACCUUACCUUCCCCCCUUGAUAUUGUCCUCCUGUCCUUAUAUCACCACCUGGAAGCCAUCCACCCUUGCAACAUGGCAGAGGCCCCAGCAUCCGCCUCCUCUGAGGAAAGUCUGCCAGUGCAGUGGAAACUUUCCAAUCGAUGCAACAGGAAGUCAGGAUGCUCCAACAUCUUUACAGGGGUCAACCUGCAGCAGCUGCACAGGCUGUUCAGAACAGCAGGAGACAGAGACGCUGAACAUCGGGCAAAACUGGUGUGGCGAGGGAUGGAUGCAGACAUCGAGGGAGCAGAGAAGGCGAAGGAGGAAGAAGGGGAGGAGAGAGAGGACGAGGCAGGGCUGGCCCAGGCCUUGGUGGGGCUCCGAGUCCGAGCAAGGAACAAAGCGGGUAUCAGAGCGGAGGGACACCGAGACCACAAGUGGCUCAGAGCAUCAGGAUAUCUCAGGAUUGAGGAGCCAUUAUCCAGUUACACUGAGGAUGAGGAGGCCAACAUAUUGCCCAAUCCGGGAGAAUUUCUGGCAGCGACUGUGGAAGACAUCCCAGAGAACCAAAAUCCCUUCAAACCCUCCUCGUGGAGGUUGGAUGUGGCAAGACAGGAGUGUGCCAGACAUUCUGAACGCUACCUUCACCGCAUCCUCCACUAAAAACGGACUGGAGUUUGGAACAACACACAGUGGUGGAAGAUGCAAUGAAGCUGAAGUCAUGAAAUACAGGACUUUGGUAAACCUGCUUGGGGAUUAGUCCAACUAUUACUAUUACUCCAACCAUAGGAAAUUUAAAUGUAUAUCUGUUCCAUCUGCUCCAUGUUGGAGAGACUUUUGCAGGAGACAGAGACAGAAACAGGCUGUUGUGUAAGGCCUGAAAUUACAUUUCUGAUGUACGAGUACAGUGUAUUUUUGAAGGAGCACCAGGUUAGGAGUCCAAGUUAGCUGGACAGUUGGUGUUGCACUUGCCAGAGAACUCAUGAUAUAUUAUCAUGGUAAAUGGGGGAGGAUAUUGUAACACAGCAUUAAAUGUUCAUUUUCAAGAGCA